GAGUGAGGGUCAGCAAGCAGCCUGAACACUGUGAGUGAGGGUCAGCAAGCAGCCUAAACACUGUGAGUGAGGGUCAGCAAGCAGCCUGAACACUGUGAGUGAGGGUCAGAAAGCAGCCUGAACACUGUGAGUGAGGGUCAGCAAGCAGCCUGAACACUGUGAGUGAGGGUCAGCAAGCAGCCUUUAUACUGUUAGUGAUGGUCAGCAAGCAGCCUUUAUACUGUUAGUGAGGGUCAGCAAGCAGCCUGAACACUGUGAGUGAGGGUCAGCAAGCAGCCUGUAUACUGUGAGUGAGGAUCAGCAAGCAGCCUGAACACUGUGAGUGAGGGUCAGCAAACAGCCUGUGCAUUGUGAGUGAGGGUCAGCAAACAGCCUGUGCAUUGUGAGUGAGGGUCAGCAAACAGCCUGUGCAUUGUGAGUGAGGGUCAGCAAACAGCCUGUGCAUUGUGAGUGAGCGUCAAAUCAUGGAAACUCCAAAUAAUGCAGAUGACAGCCCGUCAACUAGAGACACAGGAGCUGAGAUGGAGUCCGCCGGCCCUCACAGAUUUACACGUAGAGAGGCCCGAUACAGAAGAGGGGGCACAGUCCGAGCUACAGAGACCCGGUCUGUUAAGCAAUCAAAUACAGAACCCAACAAGAUUUCCCCUUCUCCCAAUGUACAGCGUAAUCUCCUGUAUGAGGAAGCCCUGUAUACAGUCAUACACCGUGUGGGGAGCCCAGAGCCCGGGCAUGUGCACGAUACGGAGCAGCUCUAUGAAUAUCUGCAGAAGGCCUUCAAUAUGGAUCCUUCUGAACAUAAAGCGAUCCUGGAUCGAGUCCGAGGACUGGAGCCCCCAAUUUUCUGUGUCAAAGUCACUGUGAAAGAAGCUAAAGGGAUUCUGGGAAAAGAUGUCAGUGGCUUCAGUGACCCAUACUGCCUGCUGGGUAUUGAGAACCGAGCCAAUGGCAGCCCGUCUCAGGAGAGGAAGCAGCGUCAGAAGGCUGUGGUACGAAACACUAUCCCUGAGGACCAGACACACAAGACACACGUCAAGACCCAGACAUUAAACCCAGUGUGGAACGAGACUUUCUUGCUGACUGUUAUUUAUUUAUGUUUCAGGGAAAUGGAGGACACGGAACAUGCAAAGUUUCACAUGGAUAUGUGGGAUUCUGAUGAUGUUGAAACAGUCAAAACCAAGUUGGGUGAUCUUACAGAUCUGCAUGGAUUGAAAAGGAUAUUUAAAGAAGCGCGUAAAGACAAGGGUCAGGACGACUUUCUAGGGAACGUGGUGGUGCGAAUGAAGGAUCUGAAGUGCAAAGAGGAUCAAUGGUACCACCUGGAACCACGGACAGAAACAUACCCAGACAGGGGGCAAUGCCAUCUACAGUUCCUUCUGACGCACAAGAAGAGAGCAACCAUGCUCAGCAAAACACCCAGUUACAUCAUCCACAGGCAGCUCCUGCAACAGUUUGUGCGUCAUGAGAUCACCUAUCAUCAGGCCGGUAGCACCACGUGGGACGGAGAGAUCAGCCCUAAUGGUAUCACCAUCCUGUAUCUACAUGCUGCACAGAAAGACCUGUCUGAGUUCCAUCAAGGCCUAGCGCAGUGGCUGGCAUACAGUAAGCUGUACCAGAGCUUGGAGUUCAGCAAUAAUUGUCUCCUGCAUCAUAUCACCAGUAUUGAGUACCUGUGGAUCCGAGGCAGACUGCAGGAUGACCAGAGAGCAGAACUGGCGGAAUCCUUUGAGUCUCUGUUGCAGUACAGUGUCUCAGUGCUGCAGAAAUACCGCAUUGUCUUCCCACUCUCAGCACCACGAUCUGUAGAGCGCCUGCAAGGUCUAUUGAGGGUGCUGAUACAGAUGUGUAAGACCAAAGCAUAUCGGGAGCUAUGCCCUUCUUCACCAGAACUGCAGAGCAGAGUGAUUGAAGCCAUCAAGGCCGGGACCCAUGAUUGGUUUGAUCUGAAGAGGCAGCAUCUCCAGCCAAUGAUACAGGCCCAAGAAGAGAACCUGAAGUCUUUGCUGAACCUUGUGACAGAUGUGACCAGUGAUCUACAAUCCUGUUACAAGACCUGGAACAAGUGCUUUGUUAGCACAAUUAAGGUGGAUAUUUUCAGUCUGACGUUUCUGGAGCUGGAAACCCUGGUGUCCCAGCAUUUGCCCAGUCACCUCCCUCCUCCGGGUCACAGUUCUCAUACUCAGAUUUCAGAGCUCCUUUAUCAGCUUUACCUCACCUUGCGGGAGCUCCACAAGUUGCAUGGCCACCUACCGAACAGGGAUGGUCCUCUUCCUCUGGAUGGAUUCCAUCGUUGGUUCACAGAUGCUUUGCCCAGCUGGCUACAGAAAGCGUAUUCAACUGCCCUAGAGAGAGUGCAGAGAGCUGUGCAGAUAGAUCAGCUGGUGCCAUUAUCCGAGCUACAGAAGCACAGCGCAUCCACGGUAGAUCUGUCCACAUGUUACACACAGAUCGGACGCACGUGGCAGCAGCUGGACUGGCCAGACCCUGAGGAGGCUUUUAUGGUCAUGGUGAAGUUUACAGAGGACAUGUGUAGGAUCGCGCUCACAUACUGCACGCUGAUUAAACGUAGAGCCUUGGAUAUCUCACAUGGAGGGGGCCCAAGCCAGGCAGCCAAUAAGCUGUGCCUGGUUGUAAAUAACAUUGAACAGCUUCGGUUAGUGGUAAAAUCGUUGCCUGAGAAAUUGGACUGGACAUCCCUGGAGCGCAGGACUCAUGCGACCAUCAGCCAGGAGCAGUUCAAUCACACAUUGCAUGACCAGCUAGAGAACGCUAAAUCAUGUCUGGACCGGGAGAUACGCCGGGUAGUGCAGGACUUGGCACAGAAGCUGGAUUCUGGGAUAGCGAAACACAUUCACUCUCUUACUGCUGUCAGUGAUUCUAAAGACCCUAACGAUAGCAUCAUUCCCCUGAUGAAAUUCCUGGAGUCAGAGUUACAGUACAUGAAUCAGAAUCUGGUGCAGGAAAACUUCAACUGCCUGUUGUCCAUGUUAUGGUCUCACAUCCUCAUAGUUAUCUCAGAUCUGGCUAAACAGCCCGGGUACUCUAUCCGGUACUACCAGAGACUGCAGGCAGCUCUCAAGAACCUAGAGUUGUGUUUCCAUGCAGAAGGUUGUGGUUUACAGCUGGAAGCCCUUCAUACAUCUGCCUUCAAUGACUUGGAGCAGAAACUUGACCUCUGCACAUCCAGUACGCGAAGACUCAUUGAGAGAUAUUACGAGCAGAUGAUCCAGCACCAGGUGGAAUGUAGCUCCGAGCGAUAUGGAGCAGUCACUGUGAAGGCUUGCUACUUGCCUGCUGAGCAGAAACUUCGUAUUGAGGUUCUCAAUGCUGUUAAUCUUAUUCCCAUGGACUCAAAUGGAAGCAGUGACCCGUUUGUCCAACUGACUUUGGAGCCCAAACAUCUGUUUCCUGCAGUAGAGCCACGGAGCACCCAAAUAAAAAAGACUGAGUUAAACCCUCUGUAUGAUGAAACCUUCGACUUCUUGGUGACCCAAGACCAGUGCCAGGUUUCUGGAGCCUGCCUUCUGCUUACUGUCUUUGACUAUGACACACUGCUAACCAAUGACCUGGAAGGAGAGGCUUUCCUGGCCCUCGCUGAUAUGCCUGGCCUACACGGAAAGCCACAAGAACAGGGAGACUCUAUGACCCGCGUACCACAGAAGAGGUUGCCUCUCACACACCCAAACUCCAACGGUGAGCAGAUUCUGAAUCUUCUGGACAACCGCAAGUCUGACAGAGAGGCCGCUACGUUUGUCAAGCUGAGGAGGCAGCGGGCCAAGCAGUCUAUGGAACAUGAGCGGUGACCAGGAAAGGCAGAGAGACUCCUCAGUAAUGAGGGGAAGUUAACCCCAGUAAUGCCAGAGAAAGCGGAUGUUAACUCCUAAUAUGCAGGACAAGAGGUGUUAACUUGCAUAUUUCUAGUGCAGUAGUGUCAACCCUUUUUACGCUCAGAACAAGAAGGGGUUAAACUUUAUAUUGAGGCUUGCUGGAGAAUAAACACUGCAAUACUAAUGGUGACGCUAACGGCUCAACUGCUGGACAGGAGGUAAACUCUUCAAUAACAAGAGAGAAGAGAAUGCCUUUAGCAGGAAAUUAAGUUAACUAUUACAGCACCGGACACUGUGAAGGAUGAAAGACUGUUUUAGAGUGGGCAACAUAGUAUUAUUCUGCAAGUCAUAUGACCAUUAUUUUAUAGUAAUAAAUGUCUAAACUUA